AUGCACACCGUUCAGGCUCUCUGUGGGGUGGGGCGCAUGUGUUCCUCCCUCCUCCCUCCUCCCUCCUCCCUCUCUCUUGCCGUCACCUUCCGUCCACUUCCCUUUGGUCAUUCGCUUGCGGUUUCUCAUUCCCUGCAGAGAGAGAAGAUGAUUCAAAGGACAAGGGAGCGUCAUGAGCAAAUGGCAGCAGCAGCAGCAGUUGCUGCUGUAGCUGCUGCUGCUGCUGCUGCUGCUGCUACCAACAACCACAUGGCACCGCACUCCACUCCUGCGGGCCCCCUUGCACCUCCUGCUACAGCCGGCCCUCCCAGCAGCACACACCCAGGCGCAUCUGUAGCAGGACCAGCAACAGCCGGAGGAGUAGCCUUGGGAUCAGAAGCAGGCUCGGGAGCAGGCUUGAGAGCAGGCUCGGCCGGGCCUGGGUCUGUGCAAGGAGGGUUGGGAGCAGGGACGGCAGGAGGUGUGGCAAGGGAAGGUGGGGGGAUGGUAGCUGGGACUGGGGUGGGUGGGUCUGGGGGAGGUACAGCUGCCGGUGCAGCUGGCCUAGGGAAUGGGGCGGGCACUAGGGGAGUGGCGUUCCACACCUCUCCAUACCCCAUACCUCGCCCCGCCGUCUCUCCCGUCCCUCCGAAGCUAGAGCCUGGGGUCGGGUACCCUGCCGGACCUGCAGCUGUGCCUCACCCGUCCGGUCCCCACCCCGCUUAUGUAGGUCUGGGAGUGGGCAUGGAUGGGAAAGGGGAGGGGGUUUCUGCAGGUGCUAUUGUAGGGCAAGUCCCAUCAGGAACUGGCGUGGCUGGUGUGACUGCUACUGCAGCAGUAGUGGGAGAGACAGCAUCAACAGGUGUAGCUGCAACGCUACCAGCAGCAGCAGCAGCAGCAGCAGCGGCAGCAGCGGCAGGAGCGGCAGCAGCGGCAGGAGCGGCGGCAGUGGGUGCUGCUGCGGUUCCAGCUAAUGCUGCUUCUGGAGCUGGUGGUGGUGGUGCUGCUGGUGGUGCUGGUGGUGCAGGGGCAGUGGCAGCGGCUGCUGGGACUCCUGGGGGCCGGCCGUUGACCAAGUAUGAGAAGGCUAAGCUGAGAAAAGAGGCGAAGAAGCGAGAGGAGGAGGCGAAGCGGAAGGCGGAAGAGGAGGAGAAGAAGCGGAUCGCUGCUGGGGGGGCACCUGACGCUGCUGCUGCUUCUGGUGCUGGUGGUGGUGGUGGUGGUGCUGCUGCUGCUUCUGGUGGUGGUGCUGCUCCUGGCAGACCAGCAGCAGGCGCAGGGCCGGCUGCUCCUGCCAGGCCCUCCCCAGCAGCAGAACCACAGCCCCCAGGCUCUCAAGCCGCUCAGCCACCCGGCAGCAAGCACCCAGCAGAGGCAUCCGCGCCAGGACAACCCCCUCCCAAGAAGCCCAAGCCCGACAACGACGGGAUAGAGCAACUGAAUGACGUGACAGCAGUCAGCGGGGUGAACCUCAGGGAGGAGGAGGAGCAGUUAUUGGCGAUGGCAGUGGCGGGGGAUGCGCAGCAGAAGGUGCAGGGGGAGGCAUGGAGGCGCAUGGCGAAGGAGGAGGAGCAGCGGCUGCUGAUGGAUCGACCGCUGCUGCGAGCUGUGGUGGGGCGGAUAGCUUCCAAGGCUGGGCUUCGCACUGUCAGUGACGCAGUUUAUGUGUGCCUCUCAAGGGCACUAGAGGAGCGAAUGCACUCGCUGCUCGCAGCACUCUCAAGACUAUCAGCUCACAGGCUUAACCAGCAUCGACACGAGCUGUUGCGGCGGCCGCAGCAGCAACCACAACAAGAGCAACCCCAGGAGGAGCGAAUACAGCAGCAGCAGCAGCCGCCGCAGCAUGUGCCUGUGAUGCAAGUGACGUCGAAUCCGCUGCAGCAGCUGAGGCUGAUGCAGAGGGCAGAGAGGGAGGCGGAGGAGAGGAGAGCAGCGGAGGAGAGAGAGAGGCUCAGAAGAUUAGGGGAGAAGGAGAGCAAGGAGAAGGAGAAGGCAAACAUGACAGAGAAGGAGAAGGAGGAGCACCGGAUCAAGGCUCAAAAGGCGAAGGAGAUGGAGGAGGAGAAGGAGAAGGCAACGCGGGCCAACGAGGCAGCAAGGGUGGCAGUGGGAGUGGACCCGCGCUUUGCUAAGUGGUUCCGCGACGCUCAGCUAAAAAAGAUGCAAGCCCCAGCAGGAGCAGCAGGAGCGGCAGGAGGAGCAGCGGGAGGAGCAGCAGGAGGGGGAGCAGGCACAGGAGUUGCAGGAGGAACGGCAGUGGUAGGGGGGGUUAGGACCGGCACGGAUGGGGCAGGUGCAGGUCUGGGUUCAGGUGCAGGUUCGGGGACAGGUACGGAAGGAUUCGCUUCGGGAGGUCCUGCAGCCGCGGGCCAAUUAGGAAAUGCCACGUCAGCAGCAGGAGGGGCGGCAUCAGGGGUAGGUGGGGCUGCUGGUGGGGGGGUUGGCGGCAGGGAGGGAGGGUUAUCUGGUGCAGGUACACCUGAUGGCAAGCUCGGUGGUGCUAGGCCUGGAGGCUUGGCAGCCGGAGCUGCAGGUUCGGCUGGAGUAGGGACAGCAGGGGCAGCUGGGGCGGGAGGAGCGGGAGGUUUGGCGAAGCAGCAGGGGCCUAGGAGUGUGAUACUAAAGGAUGUGAUUGCAGCUCUUGAAAGGGAACCGCAAAUGGCUAAGUCUGUUUUGAUGUUCAGGGUGUAUGAGAGAGAAGGGCGGGCCAAGGAGGGGAGGGAGAGAGAAGGGAAGGGCAGAGAAGCAGCAGUGGCAAGAGGAGUGAAGGGAGCUACAGCUGGCGCUACAGCCGGAGCAACAGUUAAGAAAGCAGGGUCAGCAGUAGGAGUAGGUGCAGGAUCAGGAGCAGGAGCAGGAGCAAGAGUAGGAGCAGGAGGGGGAGGAGGUGGGGGAGGUAAAGGAACAACAGCAGUAACAGGGGGCGUUCAGGGUGGGUCAGCAGGAGUGGGGGGGAUUAAAGGCAUGACAGCAGGAGCAGGGGGGGUAAAAGGGGCAGCAGUGGGAGGAGGGGGACCAAAAGCCCCGGCAGCAGGAGGGGGAGGGGCGGGGAUGGGUAAAGGGGGAGGGAUGGUGGGAGGGACGGCUGGGAAAUCGCCAGCUGGAGUGAAAGCCAGCCCAGGUGGGGCUGUAGCGGCGAAGGGAAUGGGGAAUGGAGCACACACCCCUGCCAUUAAGAAGUAA